AUGCGUAUAUUGAUUCGUCCUGUCGCGGCAUCAGUGUACGGCAAUUUUAAAAUGGCGCACGCCAAUUGGUCCAGAGCCGCGCCAGUUCUGACCGCUCUCAUUGGCUGCCGCCUGCGCUCUGUGUUUUUGCGCCGCCUCGCCUCGCCUCGCCUGGCGGCUCGCAUAUUUCGCCUUGCGCCUCGGCGUCUGCCCGCCGCGCAGGGCAUCGCGGCUCCACUGCGCCUUUCUCACGCUCUGUCCGCAUCGCCUCUCGACUCAUUUCGUCUCGCAUCGCCUCGCAUCGCUUCGGCCGAUGCUUCCGAAUCACGGCACAAAUCCACCGAAAUCCCGCGGCCGGCAUCCGGUCGUUCCGCGUCGCUCAACUCAACUCACCCAAAUCCGCGUAGUGCACUAACCUGUGAUAGACCGGCACACACACUGUCGCCCUAUUUAGCCCAGUUGGCAUGGCAACUCAUACGCCCGUCACCGGUCGCCACGAUCGUCUGGACUGCUGCGUUCGCUGCUUCUCUCGCGGAUGUUACACCAGCUCGACUCGACACGCGAGCCAGAUCCGAGCGUGGACGUUCGUGCCAGUCGCUGACAAAGUCUGUAAGUAGUUGCGAUUGUCUGCGACUGUCUGAGCUGGCGAUAUUUUUUGCUUUCAUCCACACACCAUUUGGUCAGGCAAAGUUGCGCUCCAUUACGGUCGUGUGGAGCGUCGGUUGCUGGGGCUAUCUGUGA